UAUCUUUUUGGCUCAGUCAGACUGAUUGGACUUUAGUGUCUCUGCAGAGUCUAAACGGGUUUUUUAACAGAAUUUGCUGUUUUCAUUGUAACCACCAUGCUCUUUCACAGGUCUGUGAGUGGACUGAAACCUGUUCUGCUGGUCUUGCUGGCAGGCCUCCAGCACUGUGUCUCAGGUCAAAACGAUACGCUGCUUCCACCAGAAAUCUCUCAGAACAAUGGUUCCCUGUAUGCAGCCUGCAAGGUGAGACCCAGCACCUCGCUCCCCGAUGAGGGUCUGCCCAAAGUCUACGGGCAGGUGCUSUUCAAACAGGAGCUUCAGGGAAAACUCCAAGUCCUCCUCCGCUUCAGCGGUUUCCCCAAAGAGGGCCCUCCAGAGCCCAGAGCCAUUCACAUCCAUCAGUAUGGAGACCUGAAUCAGGGAUGUGACUCCACCGGAGGCCACUACAACCCACAUGGUGUCAAUCACCCCAAUCACCCAGGAGACUUUGGUAACUUUGUGCCCCAAGAUGGAAGAAUCGGUGAACUGCGAGAAUCUGAGGCGACACUGUUUGGCGGGCUGUCUGUGYUCGGGAGAGCAGUGGUGCUUCAUGAAAAUAUAGAUGACUUGGGGCAAGGUGGAGACGCUGGCAGUCUGAUGCAUGGAAAUGCAGGCCGGAGGCUCGCCUGCUGUAUUAUUGGGAUUUCCUCCCCCAGUCAGUGGAAUAAACAACACAAGAUGUAUGCCAUGCAGCUCAGGAGGAAAUAGACCCACAACAUGGAGGUGGUUCUGUUCAGCACACAGUUGUCCGGUCACCAUUUUGUACUUUUGAUCUAAUAAAGAUUUACAUCAGCUUAUCAAACACAGAGAAACAGUUGUUUUGUCCCAUGUAUGUGUUGCUGGUGAUUGGGCAGUCAAGCAAACUAAAACUUCAAAGAAAAUGUCAAUAAAUUGUUGUGGACUUUGAACAAAUAAAUCACUGAUAAACUUCA